GUCGUUUAAACUCUCUUGAAUCGUUUCAUAUUGAGCGAUCAGUCAAGUUUCAUCACUGGCAACGGUCAGACGCAAAUUGUCGUUUUGAAUGCUCAAUAAUCGUUAAAGUGAAUUGCUAACGGAGAUUAAUUUUUGAACCGGGUGUGUACUUGAAUAUUUCUUAUGAGUGUCUUAUUUGUACACAGCGGGUAGUUGACGACGUGGCGCUCACUUUCGCAACACGGGUGGUACGCGUUCGUGAAGCGGAAACAGUUUGCGGAACCGGCUGAAAACGUUUGAUUUAGUCGUUCGGGGGUUAUCAUAAUCCAAAAAAAAAUAUUAGUGAUAUUUACGACACUAUUCCAUAAUCCGUGAAUUUUUUGGGUGUUCUUAAACUGUGUGUACGAAAUGGCAAUAAAAUGUGUUUGGCAAAGAUUUACGAUCUUUUGCAAAAUCGAAAAGGAAAAAUAAAAAUAAAUAAGUACAUAUAAAGAGUCAGAUAUUUAGUGCGUGUUAAAAAUUCAAAACCUACUGAAUUCCGUACGUGAUACAACAACAACAAUAUAACAGAAUGCACCAUUUAGAAGCUUAAAGGAAAGAAGUCUUGAAUAUGAUUGUAACGGGACUUUGAUAUAUAUCCCAAUAACGACUCUCAUUAUGAAAUAUUUCAAUUCUUGAGAUUCCUAUAGGUUUAUUAGUAUGCUACAUAACUAGAUAAAUAGGAUAAGACUGUUUGCUUAUUAUCAAAGUUCAGGAAUAAGAAUUCCUUUCUUACAAAUGACAUAGCCGAUCUUUGAAUAUAUUGUUUCAACCGCGGAAUUAAAAAUUUCUUGAAAUCACUAUGGUGCUAUACCGCGUUCGAGCAAAUUGAUAACGAUUACCAUGUACCAUUAUUUACUCCUUUUAUUUUGUUUUACUUUUAAUCAAUAAAAAAGGAACUUAUGAAAGUAAUUAAACUUUUUUCUAAUAUUAGGAUUAUUGCUUUAUUGUUAGAAUGCAAAAAGUUCCAAAAGGUUAGAUGAAAAUGAGCCAUUGGUUCCUCCAUUCUACUGUUGAUGAAGUCAUUGAUGAAUCAACUUAAUUUUACAUUAUAUGAGAUCAAUAUUCAUUAGCUCAUUUUGAAGAUUUAUUCAGUGUUCUAUUUUGUGACUUCAGAGCUUUCGGCUUUAAUAUUAGUUUACCAUAUUGAGACUGAUUUAUUAGAAUAUUAGCAGACUUUUUUACCUUAUAAAUAAAUGAUGGUGAUUUAUAAUAAUUUGUGCUUCAGGAUGUACAAAAAUAGUAUGUAAAAGUAUAGUUAUGUCGGAAUAGAAACAGAAUUUCUAUUAGUCCCAAUUGAAACUUUUUUAUACCUACAAAUUUUAAACAAAAUUACGCCCAUUCAACUGAAAAUAUUGCAAACCUCAUAACCAUUAGAAUAGCUCACUGCAUAGCCCGUUUCUAAAAAUACACAAUACAUUAUAAUAACGGAGGAUUGUAAGCCGUAUACGGAGAAAACGAGACUGUAGAGCGGUAUUUUAGAAAAAAACUAAAAAACUUAAAAUGUUACGGUCAAGAAUGAAAUAUUUUUGCAAUUUCGGUAUGAAAUAGGAAUUUGAACCAUUAAACUGUUAAGAGAGAGUGAAAAAAUUUCAAAACUGCUUGUUGUAGGCAAAUAAAACGUAAACAACUUCCGCACUAAAAAAUGCGUAUCGCCCUUACUAAUAAACCAAAAAAGAAUGAAAAUUCUUCAAGAAACGUCAAGCGGAAAUGAUUGAAUUGCACUUGUCAGUUUGAAUUAGGUGCUAUCGCUUUUGCAACACAUUGAUACAAUUCGUACACAUAUACACCCAUGUGUAUACAUAUGUAUGUACAUGCCUUAAAAGUUUAAACUUUAUAUAUUAUAUAUUGUAUAUAUAACAUAUAUGUAUAGUAUAUAUGUUUACGAACACCUGUGAAUAUCACCACAUUUCAUUAAUGCACACAUUUUCAAAUACAAACACUUAUAUAUAUGUACAUAUGUAUAUGCUAUUUUGCCGCUUAAGUUCUAAGCUUUGGUGUCAUACCUCAAACUGCAAUGAAGUAAUUAUACUCAAAUAUAAAUUUCAUUUCAUUAACCGUUUGAAAACUUUCCAAGCAAUUGUACUUUUUUAAAAUGGCCCACUUAUAACAACAACAGCAGUUCUAUAAAUGGCAUAGAGUCUAAUUAUACUCCUACGUUUAUGUAUUUCUACAAAAGUAGAAAGAGAAAGAAGUAUAAAAUACUUUACAACGACACCAUCAGAAAGAUAAUGUACCUCGUAGAACAUGUUAGGCACAUUAAUUAUUUUUAUUGGUUCUUCCAAAAAUAUUAAAAAGAGCGGAUAGAAACACUAAAUUGGUAUAUGUACAUACAUACAUAUGUAAUGGCUGCAUCAUAAUCUUUUUUCCUCGGUGGAUGUCUUCAAGAAUGCCUUAGAUAAAGUAUGAGCGUAAUUAAUGCUUCACACAGAAAAAGUGAUAGAAAAACUGAAAAAAAUAUCAAUUAUAGCUAUAACUUUAAUCGCUUUCUUUAUAUUUUUUAUUCGUUUGUGAUGUUGUUGUUGUUGGCGCUUUCGUAAUCCAAUCUUAUGCGCUUAAGUAAAACUCCAUCAAGCAGUGUAAUUCGAUUCGCACAUUGAAAUGCGCAUACUGGCUAAAUUAGGAUCAUCCGUCCGCACGGCCAACCAUCGCACACACACGCACAUAAGUACGUACAUAUCAAACAUCCAUAUGUGCUAGAGAGUGUGUACAUAUCAUUGCUGUUAACCAUGUUAGGCGGCGCGUCGCACAAGUGCUAGCCAACAAAGUAUAUGAAAUAUUCAAGCGAAAAAUAAAAACAACAAUUUAUAGAGACAAAAACAAAAGCAAAAAAAAAGAGAAAACUCAUUAUGAAAUCAAUGCACAUAGUUUUUUUAUUUUCAAUCUUUUCCUUUUAAUUCGAUUCGCCUGUGUGCUCCCCAUAGUCUGCGUAGUGACUUCAUAUCGCCUAGCUUUGGUCUCUCUCCUGCUUAUACACUCGUUUACAUUCGCAUGUACAUAUGUAAAUAAAUCAGCGGCCAAGCGAUGGCUCAAACCGAAACACUGAAUUUAAAAUUGUUGAAGGAGCAGUGUGUGCGCAACUGUGAAGGGAGCUGCAGCAAUUAUCACCAAUAAUAAUUCUCAACGCUCCCGACCUGAGUAUUAAGAGUAACACCGACAACGACUUUUUAUUAUUUAGUAGCAAUGCGAGUUUUAAACACAUGAGCAGUAACAACGAAGCUUCUUGGUGUCAAUAUGAUUUUUGACUACUAAGAGCUAACAAAGAGCGCGCUCAAAGGACAAAGGAAAGUUGUAGCUUAUAUCAAAUAUACAAAAACAAUCAGCAGCCAAAUUAAAUACUUAACGGGCGUGAAUCGCAGGCAUAUCGUAGUUUGCCACGUAGAUUCGCCAAUUUUUUACAUAAUACGCCGCCACAAUUCCAUUCCGAAAACCCCAAAUCAAAGAUCCAAAGAUGUCCAAAAUAAGACUGAAAGCAAUAUUUUGUAGGCCGCCUAAUUUGUGUUGGUUGCUGUUCGUGAUUAAUAUCUGUAUCUACGCGCCUUAUUUGUCAUUGGCCAAAAGUUUAGUUGACAGUCAAGUAGCGCCGGUGGAACAAACCGCUAAGGUGCUCAAUGUUACCCUUAGCCCUAGCGUUACACUCACCAAAUGUAUAGCUUCGCCAAACACAGACGUACGUCUAACGUGUUUGCUUAAGGGCGCCAUUAAAUGGUACAGGGAUGAUGAGUUCCUCAGCGGUAACCGUUUGCUGGUGUUGAGGGAGGUACAGAUGAAGGAUACCGGUGUAUAUAGCUGUCAGGCGGAACAAGUGUCGCUCGGCCCCAAAUACGUUAGUGUUGCGUUAAGGGUCAUUGAGCAGGAGCCCUCCAUGUUACCUAAUUUUAUGGAGGAAGAUGACUUUAGUAAAGUGGAAGAUGAUAUGGAGGCGCGUUUACGAUUAGAUCGAAAUAAGUCCAAUUCUACGGAUGAAAUUUCCGAAAUGGAAUUGCAAUCGAAAUAUUCCAAAAAUAUUAAUUCCACCGCUUUGAAGAUUAUACAUCUUCCGAAUCCGGGUCCGCCUCAGUUUCAUCAAAGUGAUAAACUUCUGAAUAGUAUACAACAACCAGUUGGAAGUUUUGCGCAAUUGAUCUGUCCCGCUUUGGGCAAUCCAUUGCCAGUCAUUACUUGGUUUCAUGAUGCCACAAGAAUGAACUUGACACCAUUGCGUUUUAGAUUAAAGAAGUGGUCACUUUUUAUUGAGAACCUAACCACUGCCGACUCUGGCGUAUAUACUUGUAAAAUAAAUAAUAAAUUCGGUUCUAUUGAGCAUAAUAUACGGUUACAAAUUGUGAGACCACAAUUGCUUUCAGAUAGUCCACUCAUAGUAAACAAUAAGCCAAGCAAUCAAACGGUUGUGGUCACUGGUAGCACACAGUUCGAGUGUCAAGUUGAGUCUCCAACCACUGUGCAGAUCCGCUGGAUCAAGCAUCAGAAAAGAAUUAACACGGAAGAGCUUUUUUCAAACUUUAUAAAUAAUCCGAAUGUAAUUGAGUUGUCAACUAAUGUGGAAAAUCCGAACGUUUUAAAUAUAUCUCAAGCAAAGUUGGAGGAUAAAGGGUUUUACACCUGCAUAGCUACAAAUGAAGUUGCGAAAGCCAUGGCCACAGCUUAUUUAGAAGUCAUAGAGCAGAAAACCACUACCGUGACACUUAAAACCAAACUUGCAUUAUCAGAUAAACAUGCAGCCUAUUCUACGGAGGACUCAGGUAGCGCAGUAUCGAAGAAGGAAAAUGAAAAACUUGUAACGGCAAUUGAUUCUUUUGUGAACAAUAGGGAUGUCAAUGAUACCAAUGACGAUCCAGAGGCAGUUGAAGAAAGUCCGCCACGCUUCAAAAAAGCAGACAAACUAGUUACAGCUUUACAUAAGCCAUCGGGUUCAACAAUACAACUGCUUUGUCCCGCCAUUGGUAAUCCAUUGCCAAACAUAACAUGGACACGGAGAGCAGGGGAUUCAAAUUUCACAGAAAUUAUGCGUCACAUUGGUAAAGUCACAUACAAAAAGUGGUCAAUGCAAAUGGACGAAGUCAUUGCCGAAGACUCAGGUGUCUAUAAAUGUACUGUCUGCAACAAUUUGGGAUGCAUAGAGCAUUCAACAAAAUUGACUAUAAAGGAUCGUUUACGUUCUCGUCCAAUUCAUAGUGACAAGUUUCCACAAAAUCAAACUGUUCUGACCAACAGUAGCACACAUUUUGAAUGCCGCAUCGUAUCGGAUUUGGAGCCACAUAUAUUCUGGAUAAAAUAUAAGCAAAAUAACGAAAGUAUUGAAAAUUUGGAACGUAUUUUCACUAAAGCAAAUACCAAUACCAAAACCCAUCAGCCAUCUGCAGACGAUUUUAUCAAGCUCAACGGUGAUCCCGAUCAACCAAACAUUCUUCGGUUGACAAAUGUUACACAUGCGGACGAGGGCUGGUAUACAUGUGUAGCUGCCAAUACUCUGGGUGAAGCUGUGAAAAGUGGGUAUCUGCAUGUCGUCGACAAAUUACCCAGUCGUGAAGUAUACAUGCUGUGGCGUGCGCAUCCCGUUUGGAUGGCAGUAGCCGCCAUAGUGAUUGUGUUGCUUUUCCUUUUUGGCUCCAUUUUUAUAAUUUAUGUUUUACGUAAACUUAAACAUGAGAAGUUGCUGAAACAUCGUAUCGAAACUGUUCAUCAAUGGACAAAAAAAGUUAUUAUAUAUAAGCCAUCUUCUUCUGAAGGCAGCUCUUGCGAUCUACAAAUGCCGGUAAUUAAAAUUGAAAAACAACGUACUACCUUUCAAGCUUCGAAUUUGGAUCCUUCACAAGCAUUCAAUGAGUAUGAAUUUCCGCUCGACUCUAACUGGGAAAUACCACGUACACAACUAAAUCUGGGGUCGACUCUGGGCGAAGGCGCCUUCGGACGUGUAGUAAUGGCAGAGGCAUGCAACUUGCCACGCACCGCCAACAACUCGUCUAGCAUAGUUGCCGUGAAAAUGGUAAAAGAUGAACACACCGAUGCCGAUAUGGCGAGCUUGGUAAGGGAAAUGGAAGUAAUGAAAAUGAUCGGUAAGCAUAUAAAUAUUAUUAAUUUGCUGGGGUGUUGCACACAAACUGGUCCGCUAUGGGUCAUUGUGGAAUUCGCGCCUCAUGGCAAUUUAAAGGACUUUCUGAAAAAGAACAGGCCGUUAUUUGUUGGCAGUCCAAACUUGCAACGCAGCAGUAAUUGCUUAGAAGACAUGCCGCAGCUAACCGAGAAAAAUUUGGUAUCCUUUGCAUUUCAAAUUGCACGUGGCAUGGAGUAUCUCGCAUCGCGUAGGUGUAUUCACCGCGAUUUGGCGGCGCGUAAUGUGCUUGUGAGUGAUGACUAUGUUAUGAAGAUAGCCGAUUUCGGUCUGGCUCGCGACAUACAAGACACAGAAUACUACAGAAAGAAUACAAAUGGCCGUUUACCCAUCAAGUGGAUGGCGCCAGAGUCUCUACAAGAAAAGUUUUACGAUUCACAGUCAGAUGUGUGGUCUUUCGGUGUACUAUUGUGGGAGAUUAUGACAUUUGGCGAUCAACCUUACCCCAAUAUAAUGUCUGCGGAGGAGCUCUACAGCUAUCUCAUUACUGGUCAACGUAUGGAGAAACCAGCACGUUGUUCACUGAAUAUCUAUAUGCUAAUGCGACAGUGCUGGCAUUUUGACGCCAAUGUACGGCCCACGUUUGGCGAGAUUGUAGAGAAUUUAGACAAAAUACUCCAAUUGGCAUCAAAUCAUGCCACCAAUGAGGAGUACUUAGAUCUAUCCAUGCCCAUCUUGGAGACGCCACCAUCGUCGAGCGACGAUGAAUCCGAACCAGAGACUUUUCAAGAAACGUCCCCUUUACGCUAUCAGUAUACAUACAAAUUUAAUUAAUUAUAAUAGCGUUUAUGAAUUAUACAAAGCGUAUAAAGCAAAGUAAGGCUUACACUAACAAAUCUGACAUUAUGUAGAUAUAUACAUAUAUAUGUAUGUAUGUUUGUGCAAACUAAUACUUAAAUUUUAUAAUUAAGUGCAAAUAUAUGUAGUACGAGUAUAACCACGAAAAGACUUAACCUAGCGCAUGUUAUCUGGUAAAUUUAUGUUAUCAGUUGCACUGCGGGACAAAUAACCUUUAAAAUAUGGUAUAUACCAACAAAUGUAUGUACCAUUAAAACUGUACUUUAAGUGUAUGAUAAGAACCAUAUUUUUAGUUGUUUAUUUGCAUACACGCUUUUUUUAAGCUUAUUUUUUUACUCUUUUAGCUUUUUUUGUACAACGAAAUAUUCCAAAACUCAAUCUACCAUUUAUUUUUAAGUUGCGCCGUAAGCAACUCUAUGAAAUAGAAAUAAAUUGUUUUAUUGGGAGAUUAAAUGUAAUAAAGUGCCAUUUGAGUACUGUUUUUAAGCUUAAGCUCUUGUUGUAAUUAGUUCUUGAAUGCACAAUACAAUAAAUUUACUUUGUGAAAACUGUAA